AUGUCCCACUGCCACUGGCCCGGCACCCGAGGCCGUCCCCCAACCACGCGAGGCGCCUACCAGGGCCCCGACGACCCCACAUGGACCGGCCGCGAUCGAUUUAACACCUCUCGAAUGUGGAAUCGCAACCUUCGUCGUUACGCAGGGAACGAUCGAGGGCUUGAAGUUGCGUACGGGGGUGGUUGGGGAGGGGCUUAUGGGAGGGAGUGGUUUGAUGAGGCGAGGGGGAGGUUGAGGGGGUUGCAGGGUGGGGGUGGGAGCCCCUCAAUACCCAUCAACACUUCAACCCACUAUCAAACCCAUACCUCAACAAUGCAAGGCUGGCCAGGAAGCAGAGGUCGCCCAUCCUUCGGCCGCGCUGGCUACUUCGGGCCCAACGGUCGAUUCCGCGGUCGAGACGCCCUGCUGGACAAUCAACUCGUGAACCGCACGAGCGCACUUGGUUGGCCCCAGUACGAUUUUGGAUAUGGAGGAGGGUGGGCUGGGCCUUGGGGCCAGACGCAGAGGGUGCGGAUGCAGAACCAGUUCAACGCUUUGCAGCCGGGCUUUGUGUACCCCGGGCGGAGGAGCUAUGGGAAUGCACCGAGGUAUGGUGGGUUUAUUUAG